AUGGAUGAACUGAUUCCGUCGAGUCCGAAUUGCUCUUCUGUAAUCGUGACGUUGAAAGAAAACAGAUUUGUCUAUCUUGGGAAGAACUCACUAUUCGUGUUCGAUGUUGAUAAGGAUGACGGAUUUACGAAUAUAAGAAGACAAGUCAGCGGGGAGUUCGAAAAAUGUACGGCAAUUGCCGCUCUUAGUGACACGCAGGUAGUAGUCGGGCAUGAUAAUGGUUUCCUUCGAGUCUGGAAGAUCCCAAAUGAAAAGACAGAAGAAAUCGAGAAGGUGCACGAAUGGCAGCCUCUUUAUUUACAAAUAACGGCAAUACAUGCUCACGAAGGAAAAAUCGUCUCAGGAGAUGCAAGGGCAAAUCUUCAUUUUACACAGCUUGAUGGUGGCGAUGUCCAGAAAGUCCGUGAAAACGACCAGCACUGCGCGAUCCAAGCAUUGAAAUUCAACUCUACUGGCGAUAAACUUGCGUCUGGCCUUGAUUUAGGCAUCAUUUACAUUUACGAUGGAGAUGGGAAAAGACUUCAUCGGCUCAGAGAUCAUAAGAACGCGAAGCUCUGGACUUCCCUUGCAACUUCAACAUCUCCCGGUGACUUCAUUUCAAGUGGAAUUAGUGGAGAUAUCAUGAUCUGGCGCUCCGAGAAGGCAGACUCUAACAGCAAGCCCUUUGACCCGCAACCGAAGAUAUUCUGCGACAGGCAAACUGAUCUUUGCCACCAGAGAACCGUAUUUGGCCUUGCUGUUUCGGAUCAAAUACUUGUCUCGAUUUCAAUGGAUCGUAAGGUGAAAGUUUGGGAUCUCAAUACGCGAAAGCCCACUUUCAACUUGAUGACAAACGGAGGCUGGAUUUACGCGCUCGACAAGAGUCCUGUUGAGCCCGAUCUGCUAGCAAUCGGAGUUGGGGAUGGAAUGAUGAGAAGAGUUGAUACAUCUUGCUCGCCGAGAACGAUCAAUGUCACGUGGCAAGGUAUUGCGGAAAAGAUAACUGCGCUUUCAUGGCACAAGGAAUCGAUGAAGAUCGCUUACGGAACCGAGCAUGGAAAGGUUGGAGUGUGGGACUCUGAAAAAGACAAGGUCAACAACUUCAACUCGUACCAUGAAAAACGAGUGUAUUCUAUUGAUUUCAUCGGUGACAGAGUCGCAUCCAUUGAUGGAAAAGUACUGAAGGUUCAUGACAAAGACAGUUCUGAAAUCAUUACUCUUCAAAAUCGACCAACAGCGCUUAGUUCUUACGGAGACAUGGUCGCAUUUGGAUUUGAUGAAGGGAUGGUAUCAAUCUUCGACCAUGAUUUCAAAGAAAAAGUCACAAAAGAGCUGCAUCAGAAAUAUGUCACGACCGUGAAAUUUUCUGAAGACGGAAAGAUGCUUGCUUCUUCUUGUAACGCUGGAAAUAUUUUCAUCUCACUGACUCCAAACCUUGAAAGCCAUCGAAAACUUGCUGGACAUGCUGAUCGAGUCGCUGCCUUGUCGUUUUCUCCGGAUGGUGAAAAGGUAGUAUCUGCAUCGGUUGAUUACACCUGCCAAGUUUGGAAGAUAUCGAAUGGACUGCCUCUAGCAAAUUUUAGAGGGCACGAUCAAGUUCUGUAUUCGAUUGUUUGGAUGAAAAACGCAAUCUACAGCGGCAGCGAAGAUGGUGUCGUGCAUACAUGGACAGAAGCUGAUUGUCAGUUCAAAACACCUCCCGAGGAAUCUAAGAGGCUGAAAAAAGAAAGAAGGAGAAAGAAACAAAUGCAAACUAGGAUAAAUAUCGCGAACGGAAAAGGGCCAUCACGGAAGCCCGAUGUCACAAAGAAGCCAGAAGAAAAACCUUGUCCACCAUCUCCAUCAAAAAGUACUGCUAGCAUUGAUUCUGUUGAACAAAAGAAAGAAGGAAACAACAAGCAAAAACGAGUAAAAGAAUACAAGAAAUUCGCGCCACUUUUCAAUCUCGACAGUGACCGAAGCAACGCUUUUCAACACCUGGGAAUUGAAGACUUAUUCAUGUUGAAAGAUAAAAAGGAUCCGCUGCCAAGCUAUUUGGCCGUAUAUGAUGGAACGAAGGAACAAAUAAUUGAUAUCGUCAAAAAGGAAAUCAAGGAAGAAAUCGAAUCGAACUGCUCUGGAGAUGUUCUGUCAGAAACAUCCGUUUGGCUUGGAACUUUUCAAGACGUCAUCGCUAAUGACAAAAUUACAGACACCACAGUAGCUCUCGCUGCAUCGAUGGGGAACGCAGCUUGGAGAUACGUGACUGAAAAAUAUGUUGAUCAACUGCAAAGAAAUAAUUCUUUUUAUAAAGCAUCGACGUUUUUGCUUGCUCUUGGGAGAGUAGAGGAUGCUAUUCGAGCCUUGAAUAACGCAAAUCAGCAUCGAGAAGCACUAGUUCUUGCUCGACUACGACUAGACCCGGAUCAUAAGUUAAUUGAAGAGUCCCUUCGUCUGAUGGCUGAUCGAAUCAUUCAUGUUGAAACCUACUCAAAGUCGAUAUUUUCUGACGAGCCGGUCAUGGACGACUCCUCUUCCGAAAUGAUAGAGCACCAUAUAAGGCUUGUAAAAGCAUUGUGCAAUUUUGCCCUGGACGGAUUGCCUCGAUUACUGCCAGAGCACUCUCUUUUCGAAGUGUAUCAGCAGAUUGGAGAGCGACUGUCAAUCUAA